GUUUUGGUCGGAAGGAUGUAGUUGAGUAUUUACUCCAGAGUGGUGCCAAUGUCCAUGCGCGGGACGAUGGCGGCCUCAUUCCUCUGCACAACGCCUGCUCCUUCGGCCACGCUGAGGUUGUCAAUCUGCUCCUGCGGCACGGUGCAGAUCCCAAUGCUCGAGAUAAUUGGAAUUACACUCCCCUUCAUGAAGCUGCCAUUAAGGGGAAGACAGAUGUCUGCAUUGUACUGUUGCAGCACGGUGCUGAACCAACCAUCCGGAACACCGAUGGAAGAACGGCUUUGGAUCUAGCAGACCCAUCUGCAAAAGCAGUGCUGACUGGUGAAUACAAGAAAGAUGAACUCUUAGAAAGUGCCAGGAGUGGAAAUGAGGAAAAGAUGAUGUCUCUUCUUACACCAUUAAAUGUUAACUGUCAUGCAAGUGAUGGCAGAAAGUCUACUCCAUUGCAUUUAGCAGCUGGGUAUAACCGUGUGAAAAUAGUGCAGCUCUUACUGCAGCAUGGAGCUGAUGUGCACGCUAAGGAUAAAGGAGACCUCGUACCACUUCACAAUGCCUGUUCCUACGGUCAUUACGAAGUAACAGAGCUUCUAGUCAAGCAUGGAGCAUGUGUGAAUGCAAUGGAUCUGUGGCAAUUCACCCCUCUGCAUGAAGCAGCUUCUAAGAACAGGGUGGAAGUAUGUUCUCUUUUGUUAAGUUAUGGUGCUGACCCAACACUGUUGAACUGUCACAACAAAAGCACCAUUGAUUUGGCUCCAACGCCCCAGUUAAAAGAACGAUUAGCAUAUGAAUUCAAAGGUCACUCACUGCUGCAGGCUGCGAGAGAAUCAGAUGUAGCUCGUAUAAAGAAACAUCUUUCUUUGGAAACAGUGAACUUCAAGCAUCCUCAGACACAUGAGACAGCAUUGCACUGUGCUGCUGCAUCUCCAUAUCCUAAGAGGAAACAAGUAUGUGAAUUGCUGCUGAGGAAAGGAGCCAAUAUCAAUGAAAAAACAAAAGACUUCUUGACUCCUCUGCAUGUGGCAUCAGAAAAAGCUCAUAAUGAUGUUGUUGAAGUAGUUGUGAAACAUGAAGCUAAGGUUAAUGCGUUAGAUAAUCUUGGCCAGACCUCUCUUCAUAGAGCAGCACAUUGUGGUCAUCUUCAGACAUGCAGGUUGCUGCUGAGUUCUGGAUGUGAUCCUUCCAUCGUGUCUCUGCAGGGCUUUACCGCCUUACAAAUGGGGACUGAAAGUGUGCAACAGCUACUACAAGAAGGUAUCCCAUUAGGUAAUUCUGAUGCAGAUCGACAGUUGCUGGAGGCUGCAAAGGCUGGAGAUGUGGAUACCGUAAAAAAGCUGUGUACAGUCCAGAGUGUGAACUGCAGAGAUAUUGAAGGACGUCAGUCUACACCACUUCAUUUUGCAGCUGGAUACAACAGAGUAUCUGUUGUGGAGUAUCUUCUUCAGCAUGGAGCUGAUGUACAUGCAAAAGAUAAGGGAGGACUUGUCCCUUUACAUAACGCCUGCUCAUACGGUCACUAUGAAGUCGCAGAGCUGUUGGUUAAACAUGGUGCCGUUGUCAACGUAGCUGACUUGUGGAAAUUCACUCCCUUGCAUGAAGCUGCAGCAAAAGGAAAAUACGAGAUUUGCAAACUCCUGUUACAGCAUGGAGCUGACCCUACAAAGAAAAACAGGGACGGAAAUACUCCUCUGGACCUUGUUAAAGAUGGUGAUACUGAUAUUCAAGACCUGCUUAGAGGAGAUGCAGCUCUCCUAGAUGCUGCAAAGAAAGGUUGUUUGGCUCGAGUAAAAAAGCUCUGUUCACCUGACAAUGUCAACUGUCGGGACACACAGGGACGGCAUUCUACACCGCUACAUUUAGCAGCUGGUUACAAUAAUUUGGAGGUUGCAGAAUACUUGUUGCAGCAUGGAGCAGAUGUGAAUGCACAGGAUAAAGGAGGCUUGAUUCCUCUGCAUAAUGCAGCAUCUUACGGGCAUGUUGAUGUAGCAGCUUUACUUAUAAAAUACAAUGCAUGUGUGAAUGCUACAGACAAAUGGGCUUUCACACCACUUCAUGAAGCAGCCCAGAAAGGAAGGACUCAGCUCUGUGCCUUGUUACUGGCACAUGGGGCUGAUCCUACUCUGAAAAACCAAGAAGGACAAACACCAUUGGACCUGGUCACUGCAGACGAUGUCAGUGCGUUACUGACUGCAGCAAUGCCUCCUUCUGCCUUACCGACUUGCUACAAGCCUCAGGUUAUAAGUGUGUCUCAGACUACCAGCUCUGCAGCUGAUUCCCUCUCUUCUGUUCCAUCCAGUCCAUCCAGUCUGUCUGCUGCAAGUAGUCUUGACAACUUGUCUGGUAGUUUUUCUGAACUUCCCUCUGUUGUUGGUACAAACUGUGCAGAGGGAGCUGCUGUUCUGGAGAAAAAAGAAGUUUCAGGUGUAGAUUUUAGCAUUAAUCAGUUUGUGCGGAACCUUGGCCUUGAACAUCUAAUUGACAUAUUUGAGAGAGAGCAGAUAACAUUGGACGUAUUGGUUGAAAUGGGACACAAAGAAUUGAAGGAAAUUGGCAUUAAUGCUUAUGGCCAUAGGCAUAAAAUCAUCAAAGGAGUUGAAAGACUUAUUUCUGGACAACAAGGACUGAACCCAUACCUGACUCUAAAUACUUCUGCUAGUGGAACUAUUCUCAUAGACCUUUCCACCGAAGACAAGGAAUUUCAGUCUGUAGAAGAAGAGAUGCAGAGUACUGUCCGAGAGCACAGAGAUGGAGGACAUGCUGGUGGAGUCUUCAAUAGAUACAACAUCUUAAAGAUUCAGAAAGUGUGCAACAAAAAACUCUGGGAAAGAUACACACACAGAAGGAAAGAGGUCUCUGAAGAGAACCAUAACCAUGCCAAUGAAAGGAUGCUGUUUCAUGGUUCCCCGUUUGUGAAUGCAAUCAUUCACAAAGGCUUUGAUGAGAGACAUGCCUAUAUAGGCGGCAUGUUUGGAGCUGGGAUUUAUUUUGCUGAAAAUUCUUCCAAAAGCAAUCAGUAUGUGUAUGGAAUUGGAGGUGGCACUGGAUGUCCAAUCCACAAAGAUAGAUCUUGCUAUGUUUGCCACAGGCAGUUGCUGUUCUGUCGUGUAACAUUGGGCAAGUCCUUCCUGCAGUUCAGUGCCAUGAAAAUGGCUCAUUCUCCCCCAGGACAUCACUCAGUGACCGGGCGGCCCAGUGUCAACGGACUGGCAUUGGCAGAAUACGUCAUUUACAGAGGAGAGCAGGCUUAUCCAGAAUACUUGAUUACUUACCAGAUUAUGAAACCUGAAGCCACCACUGAAGCUUAAGACGAGUUACUUGUGGGAAACCAUCAAACUUCAGAUGCGAAGAUAGCAAUGGCUGCCAUCCCAAAAAUAGCAACUUCUUGUUGAAAAACUUCCCAUUCCUAGGUGGUGUGGUAGCAAAUGUGAACAAAAUACACCAGUUUUGACUUGAUAAAGCUUUAAUAAUGUACAGUAUGUUUUUCUAAAAUUUCAGAAAUGUCCUCUUUUUCAGCACUUUAACAGAUACCAUUCCAGGCAUAAACUGGGGUUUGGCUGUACUAAAUUAUAAACAAAAAUUAACUUGAAACAAUGAUUUUAUACAAUACUGCAUUCAAACCUAGCAGAAAUUGUAACGGUCUAUACAGGAACUCAUUUUACUAAUAUUGUGUUCUUUAAAACACUGCAUUUACACUGAAAACGUUUUCAUUUGUAAAACUGUAAAUAAGAGCUUUUGUACUAGCCUGGUAUUUAUUUACAUUGCUUUGUAAUAUAAGUGUUUUAGAACUGCAAUCUUGUACAAAAUCUUCUUUCCAGAUGUUGGUUUGUUCAUCUGUGUUUUCUCAUGCAAGAUAGAUUUGAAAAGUCAAUUUUUUCAGGUUUUAUCACUUAAUUGUGGGGGAGAAAGCAAAUUUUAUCUGAAGAGGCUUAGAAAUAUCCAACAUUCAGUAUUUAGAUUGAAUACACAAAUUUUUGUUCUGUAUUUUUAUUUAUGAAAUAUACAUUCCUGAGAAUGAUGGGCUAUGAAAAUAGAAUGUUCCAGACAAAUACUAAAGUGGUUUUCCACCUACUUCCUAGAGUUGCAUAUUUUAUUUCCGUAAAAUGCCUUCUGAAGUUUUUUAUUUAACUAUAGGUAUAGUUAACCUGUAUGCUCACUUCAAGGCUAGUAGACCUUGCAAGUUACAGUUUUAGUAAAUUAUUUUCUUUGAAUUUAGAUGGAAAAUUAACCUCAAGAAGUUCUUUCUUGAGUUUCUCUUGCUUACAUUUAAGCCAGGAAGUUAGUUUAUUCCUAAUAUGAGGGCAAACAACUUGGCCUUUUUUGUAUGCUUUUUUUGGUAGAUUAAUCUACCUGUUUUGGUAGAUUAAUCAGAAUAAGAGCAUUGCAAGGUGGAAAUGUUAAAAGCCAUCCUCUCAUCUCCUGUGUCUCGUCCAUGUUAACACUGAAGCUGUGGUUGAAGCAGGUGUGUAGGGGUGUGUUUGUCUGCUUUCAGCUGAGUGGAGCUGCUGGGGCUGCGCCUUCUGCUCCCAGCUCAGCCAGCUGGGAGGGGAGGAGCAGCCCUGCCACAGCAGCUGCUGCCUUUGGUAGCCCUGCUGAGGCCCCUUGGGUAGAGCAAGAGUGCAGAAAGUGCAGCCCCUGCCCAGGUGUCACUGGGGGCUCCUGGCUGCGCCACCCGCUCUGUCAGCGCUGUCAUAGCUCUCUGUGUGUUCUGCUUUCCUGCCAUCUGCAGUUUUUACCUACAUAUUUCAAAAAUAUGUAAAUACAAAUAAUAAGUUACUUGGGGUUAAAGUGGGUAGGAGUAUAUUUUAGUUGUUUAAUAUUUCUACAUACAGAACACUGUCCCAGAAGACAAUUUGUUUGCCGGGCAUGUUAUUUUACCAUGGUUUUAAAUGUAGUAACUGAUCAAGAUAAUGAAAUCCUCUUGCUGAUGUGGUGGUUAUGUGAUUAUGCUCUAUGUAAAAAUGUAUUGAACCUUACCCGGUUAUGUAAGGAAACUGAAUAAGAUUGCAGAAUUCUUGCAGAAGGUAAUAUUGGCUAUGAAUAAAAAAGGCAUUGAUUUUUAGGUACUUUCUCCCAGCAUGUUGCCUGUUCCUUAGGUAUAGUAAUGCUGGAAUUUGUGUUCAUGCAAAAUCUGUUAAUUAUGUUUAAAACUUUUUUGUUAUUGCUAAAAUGCUUCAUUCUAUAUGAAUGAUCACCUAAUGUCUUGUAAAAUGUUGUGGUAUGAUAGCAUUUUAAGUGGUACCACAAUGUUGGUUUUGUCUGUUUGGGGAUUUUUUGAGCUGUUUUUUUGCAUGACAUACCUUGCACUCUGAAGAUGGAAGCUGUAAUGAUUUGAUAAUACUGACUGUUGAGGUGAACCUUUAAUCCCUUGUGCAAUUAGUUCUGCUUUACUCAUCUUGAAGUGUCUUUACAUGUACUGUAUGACAUUCCAUAUCCAUUUAACACUAAAUAAAUUUAAUUCACUGGUUUUCUGGUAGCUUGGGAGUAAUUACAGAUGUAGUAUGUUAACCCAUUGUUUUAAAUGUAAGCAUGCACAAUGCUGUAACAAACUGCAUCACUGGAGGCAAAAUUAAUUGCAUUAAGUAGAAGAGCUUUUAAUGUGAAUGAAAACCUGUAAAUACUGUGAAAACUUGUAGUUUUAUAUGUGGCUAACUAACAGCUUUAGCUAGUAGUGAAAAUGUUUUAGUAAUAAACCCAGAAGUCAGCUACAAUUUGUGCACUUCAAACUCCAUUAUACGGUCCAGAACCGAGAAAGAAAACUUGCUUACAUUGGUUUGGUAAAAUGAAAAGUAACCUGAAGAGUCUUACCUUUCAGAUAACUGCAUGGGUGUUAUACAUACCUGAGAAACAACAGAAGGAACUGUUUAGAUCACUGGUAGUAUUGCAAUAAGUGAGUAAUUUUAUUUCAAUAGGACCAUUUAUAUGGUGGUAGGUUUCCAAAAACAGGUUUGUAUAUAAGACUUAAAUAGACAUGAGCACUAGAGGGCACAACAGCAAAUGUUUUCUAAGAUCAAGGGUAAUGAAAAUCUUUAAAGGAUCUUGGAAACAUAACUUCUGAUAAAAUUGCUUUUGAAAAUUCCACCUGUCUGGGUUGUAAAAAUUAACUUUCCAUUUUGCAUUAGAUUUGGUUUUGUUUAAUUAAAUAAUUAGUAUAAAAAGAAAUUAUGCAACUAACCAAAUUGGAAAUAUUAGGAUCUUUUAUUAAAAAACUUAAUCAGAAGUUAAACUUUAGUUCUUAGAAAUCAAAAAAAAAAAUCAGCCACACUCUUAUAUAAUUGAAAAAGUUGAUUACCCGUACAGUGCAUGUUACAGAGGUAUACAGUGCAUGUUACAGAGGUAUGUUGGCACUCAUUUAGAAUGCAAAUGACAGAGUGUAUAAAGGAAUUACCACUGUCCUUUCUACCCUGAACUUGCUCAUUAGCCAUGUAUGUGUAUCUGUGCAUACACAUACUCUUGCUCAGUCUCUGAAAGAAAAACUUAAAAGAAGUUUUGAAGGUGUUUUUUCUUGUAGAACAUUAUUGUCAGUGAGAGUGCUGCAGCCUAGGAGCCAUGUCCCCUUCUUUGGCCCAUCUCCUGAACUUAAUAUAAUAAAAUCGGUUUUCUCUUUCACUGGAAGAAAGAGUGGGUGGCUUUCCUUCUGCCUUCCAGUUUAAAAAAUAGAGACUUGAUUGGUAUUGAGCUGAAGGUUGCUUUCUUGCCUUCAGUGACCUGGCAGUGAGGCUGGCUGAGGCCUGCCCCUCUCUGGUUCUUGGAGCUGUGCUUAAGUUGCAGCAGGAGGUGAGGUGGUGCUGUGACCGUGAGGGCAUGAGGGGAGGUGUGUCCCUCCUGUCCCAGUGCAGCAAGCAUAAGCAGUGCUGCUUCUGAGAGUAUCAAGGGCUUUCUUCCCUCUCCCUGUGGCUCACUAGAUCAGAAAGAGCUACAGACAGCCAGAGCAGGACACAAAAGAAAAAGCAUGUAGGUGAUUGGUUUGAAGAUGAAGAGUUCUGCCAUAAAAAGGGCAAGGAUGGCAACUGAGAGAAGACAGAAAGGAGAGAAUAGAAGAAAUAGUAACCUGCAAAAAAAGGCAAAUUCUACACCCACUGAAAAGGCGUGUUAGGAAUAACAAAUGUAAUUGUUGGGAAUGGCCAAAGUAGUCAGUGUAUAUCAGCUUCCCAAUUUACAUUUGACAUAAAAAAGCAAACAAACACUGAUGUAUGGACAUUAUGAGGCUCCUUUUGAGAAGAACACAUGUUUUAGAAGGGGAAAAUUUGCAGCCAAUUCAAAACAUUAAUGUUAGACCUGGUGAACUGUGUGCAAGAAAAGAAAUAGAGUUUGAAUACCAAAGGCAAGUGUCAUGCGCAACAGAUCUUCAAAACUUUGGUUUUGAAGCACUGAUUUAUCAGAGGCAAGCUGAAAACCCCCUGGAUUCUGUAUAGUGGUAGGAUGUAUUUGGGAAGGUGGGGAUGUUAAUGCAGCCAGGAAAUUCGAAGGAAGUGGAGGUGAGAUCCAUCUCUCCAUCUGCAAUCUUGAUAAAGCUGGUUCAUUUAUGAGUGUGUUUCAGCUGGAGUCUUCCUGAGUGGCACCUGAGGUGAUUGGGGUGGCUCCUGACAUGUGCAGUGACACAGCCAGGGGAACACUUCCGAGCAGAGUUUUUAAGGUAGGACCAUUUGCAGUUUUCAAAAGACCACAAAGUAUUUGCAGACCUUAACAUGUAAAGCAAAUGUGAAUUGUUUAAGGAGCAAAAGAAGAUGCACCAGUGCCUAAGAAUGUGUGAUGGAGGCCUUUUAUAGUUGGAAAAGCGGCUUCGUGUCGCCUGCUAAUACUUUGUACAGAACUGGAGUGGUACAUGUGGGGAAGGGUUGAUAUUAAAUAGUUGACAGAAGUAGCCUGUGAAGUGGAUUGGGAACUAGUUUUUGUCAGGGCCAGAAAUGUCUGGCUUUGUGCUGUCCAGCUCCUCUUCAAAAGGUAACUUUGCCAGCAAUGCAUUUGGAAGCUUAUUUCACAAUAAAUUUAUUAAUUCAUAUUUAUUUCUUUCACAAGAAAUCUAUUCAAUUUUCUGGGGCUGUGCGCAUCAUAGCUUAAUAGAUGUGUACAGAAAUAGAAUUUCUUACUAGCCUGAUAAAGAAGCUGGUAAGUAAAUUAAGCAGGUUAAUAAAUUAAGCAAAUAGUUUGGACUCAAUCUUUGAGGGCUUUUCCAAUCAUACUGAUUCUGUGAAAGGUAGAAACUGAUUUUGUUGCAAAAAUUAGUAACAGUAAAUCAAUUAGUCUAUGUAAAUUUAUGACCCAGCUGAGGCGGAUAUUGUAUCUAAUAGCUUUUUAGUCAAAGUAGAAGCUGACAGCAGUCACAUUAAGUAUUGUUUCAAUUAAUGACAUAGUUAGCUACUAAGCAGUGCAAAAGUGUCAUCUUUAAAUAAAUAAACCUGCAUAUGAUGACUUAUCAUAGUUCCCUAUUUGAAAGUAUUUUACUGAAGCAUAGCAAACAUGAGAUAAACUAAUUAGAUUUGAAAUUAAAGAGGUUUACUUUGAAUAAUAAGUAUUCAUUAGAGCACUUGUUUCUGUUGAACAAAGUCUUAAUUCAGUAUUUAGGGAAAAAAAACACUUAGCAGUUGGGUACUAAAACUUCAACAUUUAGAAAUAAUUAAAAACCACAUAAAUAAGUGCAAUUUGUAUAGACAGCAGCAUAGUUCCAGUAAUGACAUGAGGCCCCUGAAGCACAUUGUGCCAAAGGUGUUUUUUAAUGCAAAGAUUCUAAACCAGGUAAUCAGACAGUGAAAUACAUCUGACUUCAAACUAAAUGAGGUAAUGUUAAAGCUUAUUUCAAAAGAUUAGGAAUGUGAAAAUGCACUAGAAACUGCAAAAUGAUAGGUUUUAAGAAAACAUUCUCCUAUUGGGAGUAAAUCUCUGAAUGGAGAACCAUUUAGCACAUUACUAGAGAGAUGGAUGUCUGAAGGUGCAGAACAGACCUUAAGAAAAAAAAGAGGUUUUAAAAAGAGGAAGGGAGCAGGGUUGUGGGUGCAAUUGACUGAGCAUCUCAGAGUGGUGGCGACUACAUUAACAGAAAAUCAGGUCAGUGUUACACCACAAGGUCAAGGAAAUCAUCCACACUAAAUUAGAGUGAAAGGCACCAAGUGUCUUGAUAAGGAGGAAAAAUUAGAGAAACACACUUCUCUUUUUUGUCAGUGUGUCAGAUUGCUGAAUUUCUGAAAUAAAAAAAAAAA